GUUUGAUGUACAUCUUUAUCUCCUUCCCCUCCGUAUCACUCUCUUCCAUCCAUUUCUCCAUACUUAGCUCUUCCUUCUGCUUCUCUAUCAUCUCUUCCUCUAUCGCUCCCUCGCUACCCCAACCAUCACACUCAGCCAAUACUGCUGGAGGCUGUCCAUCUCUCUCUCUCGCUUUCUCUCUCUCUCUGUCUUUUAGCCCCCUCCCUCACUCUGUCUCUCCCGGUAUCAGUGUGUGUAGUCGACACUCACUCCUUAGUCGCUCGCUGGCUCACGCAAACAUCUCAGCUGCUUGCAAAAGAAGAAAAUAAAUGAGUAGAAACCCGAGAAAAUCUGAACUACAGUAGAAACAAAUGAGAGAAGUAUGCAGGGGCACUGCUAAAAAUAUCUAGCAGUACAAAAGAUCUAUCAUUUUUCCUCUCACGUUCGCUCUAAUUUUUCUUUUUCUGUUCUGUUGUUUCCUGGAUACCUGACCGACAGGAUUAAAAAUGACUUAAAUUUCAAUCAGCUGUGGCAGGAGAGAAAGAAAGAGGGAUGAAAAAAAGAGGAGUUUGUCCUCUGAAGAGAUUCAGCGGCACACAGCUGGUGAGAACGAGGGAGUGUUAGACGGAGAGAGAGAAAUCAAGAGAGGGAGGGAAGAGGACCGGAGUCCGAAAGAGAGAGAAAGAGGGUCUUGUUUUGCUUUUGAGGAAGCCAGGAGUCGGAUCGCCGUUUCCUGCAGGACUACUCGACUGGAAAUGCUGGAAAAGCAGUCAUCGCUACCUCCCUCCCAUCGUCCCGUUUUUCUCUGUGCAUAGGACGCUGUUUUGCCAUGAGACACAAAGGCCUCAGAACUGGCAGCUCACUGGAAUUCGACACUGAAAGACGAAUGGAACGAACAACUGACGAGGCGAGUGCAUGAAAACAACAAUCAGAGCAAUUUGCAGGAGAACACAAACAAGGUGCACAUCUGGAAUAAGGAAUAAACAGACUGACAUAAUGAGAGAGAGCGAGAUGAGAAGAUGUUAAAGGGGAAAAUGAACACAUGAACAUGGCAGGUGGAUGAAAAGGAGCAGGAAUAGAAGGUGAGAGGAAGAUAAAAACAGCAGGAUCUGGAAAAUAGAGGGAAAAACUGCUGGAAAGAGUCAAAGGUGGAAGAAUAUGGUGAGAAUCUUAAAAUGCGUUCAGUGGAAAUGUGAAACUGCUGGUAGGCCCCAAGGCCAAAAUGUUUCACAGCAGGAACAUUUUAACAAGGGAAGAGCAUAUCCAAGUGCAUAUCCCAGAUACGAUUGGAAUCGAGAGUCCGAUUCAAGUUAAAUCCUCAUGUCUGAAGUGUGUGCAUGGACACAGGAUAAACUCAUAAGCACACACGGACAUUCCUCUACCUUGACAACACCUCAGUCUGGAUUAAAACGCACCUCAGAAACUUAAACACAUGCAGAUAAACACCUGGAAAUGAGCAGCUAAUUGACCUGGGAUCAACACAGACAAAAAAGGUCUGUGGAUCACUCCCCUAUCUACCAUGCAAGACUCCCCACCCCUUCAGCCAUUCAGAAAACCACAUCCGUCCCACAUUUUAUGCCAUCCUCACAGGAACACACAAUCCCCCUCAUUGCCCUCUCAUCCAUCCAUCCAUCUGAAACAAAAUAUCCUCAAACCCUCUGAAGCAUUUCGUCAACCCUCUCCUCCACUGUGGCCAAAGUUCACCAGCAGAUACUCACCCCCAGACGCAUCCACACCAACACUACCACUGAAAUUACUGCACUGGCUGGCACUGGUCACUUGUGCCUGCUUGCUGCCCGCUCUUUUCAGUCAGAUUCCAGGAGCUGUAGCCGGCGAGACGUGGGGUGUAGUGUCGGCGUGCCCCUUCCAUUGCGUCUGCAGGAAUCUCUCAGAAUCUCUAAGCACACUUUGUGCCGACAAAGGUCUUCUCUUUGUCCCGCCAAACAUUGACCGCCGAACUGUUGAACUUCGCCUUGCCGAUAACUUCAUUCGAGAAGUGGGUGGAGCUGACUUUGACAACAUGACGGGACUGGUGGAUUUGACACUAUCCCGGAAUACCAUCAGUCACAUCCGGCCACUGGCAUUUGCAGAUCUGGAAAGUCUUCGUUCGCUGCACUUAGAUGGCAACCGACUCUCAGAGCUGGGCCCACGAGACUUAGUAGGCAUGAUAAACCUGCAGCAUCUCAUUCUCAACAACAACCAGCUCAUCAAUAUCUCCUCUGAGGCCUUUGAUGACUUUUUACUCACUCUAGAGGAUUUGGACUUAUCCUAUAACAAUCUGCGCAAGGCUCCCUGGGAUGCCAUUCAGAGUAUGGCCAGUCUGCACACUUUGAACCUAGAUCACAAUCUCAUUGACCAGAUUGCUGAGGGGUCUUUUAGUGAGCUCUACAAACUAGCCCGAUUGGACAUGACCUCCAAUCGCCUACAGACUUUACCACCCGAUCCAUUAUUCGCUCGCUCCCAGACGGGGGUCAUCAGCCCUACACCCUACAAUGCCAUAAUCAACUUAAAUUUUGGGGGUAACCCAUUACACUGCAACUGUGAACUGCUUUGGUUGAGGAGGCUGAUCCGCAGUGAUGAUAUGGAAACGUGUGCUACACCCCUUCAUUUAGCGGGACGUUACUUCUGGUCUAUACCUGAGGAGGAAUUUGCAUGUGAACCUCCGCUUAUUACUCGACAUACACACAAACUCUGGGUUUUGGAGGGUCAAAGGGCAACUCUCAAAUGUCGUGCUAUUGGUGAUCCAGAGCCAGUGGUGCACUGGGUCUCACCAGAUGACCGCAUCAUUGGUAAUUCCAGUCGUACCACAUCUUUCCGAAAUGGCACUCUUGAGCUACAUGUGACUAUUGCCCGUGAUGAUGGUACAUACACUUGCAUUGCUAUCAAUGCUGCUGGUGAGGCCACCUCACUUGUUGAUCUAAAGGUUAUUCCCCUCCCUCAUCGUGGAAAUGGAACGGUAUUGUUAACUCGUGACCCAGGAUCAUCGGACAUAACCAGAGGGAAGACUUCCAGUGGGCAAAGCCCUGGUAUGGACACUAACAGUGACCCCCAGGAGGGACGGGAUGAGGGUCAGGCAGAGAGUGAGGAUGUGGUCAGCGAAGGGGUUGAGGAGCAGAUGGUGGGAGUACAAGGAGUGACCUCCACCUCAGCACAAGUGAGAUGGGAUAAGGGUCGACUGAUGGGAGCCAGCCUGGUGUGGAUGUAUCAAAUACAGUAUAACUGUACUGCUGAUGAGACACUAAUUUACAGGAUUCUGCCCCCCACGAGUGACAGCUUUCUGCUGAAAAACCUGGUCUCUGGCUCAGACUACAAUUUGUGUGUGCUAGCCAUUUUUGAUGACACAGUCACUUCCAUGGCCGCCACAAAAGUCCUUGGUUGCACCCAGUUUAGCACCAAGGACAAUUACCCAGACUGCCGUUCGCUUCAAGCCCACUUCCUUGGCGGGACUCUUACAAUUCUGGUUGGUGGAGUUGUUGUGGUAACGCUGUUAGUGUUUACCGUGGCACUGAUGGUACGUCACCGUGUGUGCAGCAACCAUGACAAUCAUCAUGAAAUAGGCGAGGAGGUAGGCUGCUCAGGAACAGACUCCCCGCCUCUUCCUGCCAAGGGAGCCGAUGUCUUUUCUCAGAGUAAUGGAAAUGGGAAUGUGAUGAUGGUGGUGCUGCCCAACGGGCUUGUUCAAAAACGAAAAGUGGCAGAGGGAGGGUUGGGGUCACCACCCAAACCAACUUCCAAAGUGAAACCAAAAACCCUCCCAAAGCCCAAGGUGAAUCUGGAACAGUUCAGGGCAGGACUAGAUGUCGAGAUGGGGUCUGUCAGGCCUCUUCCUCCAUACACGCUGGAGAAAGAGCAAAUGUCUUUGUAUUAUACCCCCAGUAAUCAUUCCCCCUCCACACUGCCACGUCCGUCACGGCAAUUAGGAGCGAAACCGCUCAAACUGCGUCCUGCUAAUGUGGACACAAGUAAACGGGCCAGUUUAAGCUUGGCUCCGCCCCCUACGUACAGUCGUGGCAGGCGGUUCAGCACAGGAGGGGGCGUUGUAGUCCGUCGGGGAGGACCAGAGAGCCAGUGGAAUUCCUCACUGGCCUAUCAGAGUCCUGUGUUGUCCCGCGAGAGUCCUCCUCACAGUGCCCUGCGCUACAAGAGAAGCUCAUCGUUCGAUAUGGGUGAAAUCGCCACAACAGCCUGCUACAGUUAUGCCAAGAGACUUAGCGUAAUCUGGACCAAACGGAGCCAGUCGUUACAUGGCAUGCUUGUCCAGUGCACUUCAGCAACAAGCACCUCAACAACCAGCAGUGGCAGCGACGAUUUCCACAUGCAGCAUGCACGCGGAUACAUCCGUGCCUACAAUGCCACCAACUCAAAUUCCAACCCUCCGAAAGCGGAGGUUACAACAAAUUCAAAGAACCAGUGGCUGAAGAAUAAUGGAAAGGACAACGAAAAGGCAGAAGAACUUGAGGAGAGUGUGGUGUAGCGAAAGAGAAAACAGAUGAGACAUGCAAGUAGAUAAAUGAAGAAACAGGCUGUAAGGACCAAAAGAUGGAUGCGAAGGAGAAAACGGUUUAAAGGAGAGCUAAAAAUAUGGUAAGGUUACUUUGUAAGUGGGGCUGAACCCCCCCCCAAAAAAACAACAAAAGCUAAGACCACCCAACGUUUGGUGGUCUUAGCUGCUCUCUGGUUUGGGAAUGGUCAUCUGGUUUGCUGGUUUUAGAGGGGUUUGGAGUACUUGCCAGCUGGGCAGCCUGUGACACCAGCAAAACCAGCUGAAGACCAGCUUGACCAGGCUGAGAGACCAGUUAAGCCAGAUAAGUCAUUGGAUGGUUUUAGACUGGCUCUUCAGAAGGAAAGUUGUUGAAGAUCUCAUAUAAUUUUGAUGGAUCAUUCCAGAAAGAAAAAAAGCAGCAAGGGUAUAGACAGCAGAUAUAAAAGUCAAGACUCCAAAAAAAAACCCAUACAAACAGUCUGGUUUGUCAGUGAAUUUUGGAGAACCACAAACUAUAUUUCAUUUUAAAAGGCAGUCAAUGUGAAAAAACAAAUAUAUAUAUGCAGGCCCACAGAAACAGUGAUUUCUAACUCACGUGGACCUUGGGCAAAUAUGAUGGUUCAUUUUCCUGUGGCCACGUGCAUUACAGGAACAAGGCCAGCAAGUGGACAUGCCGACUCAUGCACAAUCGAUCGGAGGAGAUCAAUUAAUAACUGCAACAAUGGUAUUACAAAUGUGGCAUGUAGAGGAUGCAAACUGCAAGGAAAGUGAAAGUGUACAAAUUGAACAAUGGUGGCAUGAUUUGGAACACUUUUAAAGCAUAAAUGGGCAUUGACUGACAACAGAUAUUUUGUGCGUGAGCCUGUAUGUGUAUGUGUUUGUAAGUGUGUAGGUGAGUGGGUGGAUUAAUGCACAAAAAAUAAUCAAAAGUAAUUUUAUGACACCACUGGAUCUACUGUAUCAUGUGACCACCACUAUCCAGUACAGGAAUGUAUUCUGUGACUAUUAUGUUGGCGGCAAGGAUGCUGGACUAUUAUAGAAGAAAAAAAUUAAUUAAAAAAAAAAUGCCAUUCCAAAACCACAGAAUCAAUGAAUAAAUUCUGUUUUAAAAUAUGUUUUGUUUGGAGAAAUGGACGAAAAGGACAAUAAUGAGCUGUUUUGCCAGAAAUGUUUCUUUUGUUUUUCAUGAAAUAUACUAGCAGUGAAAAACAAAGAUUAUUUUUUUUUGUUGUUGGCGUAAACGGAAUGUCAAUGUCAUUAAGUGUUAAAUGAUUUUUUACUGAGUAUAGAAAUGAAGAUUAAAAUAAGGGAACCACUGAUAUUAAUAACCAUUUUAAUAUCUGUUUAUUACUGUAUCAUAUUUUGCCAAAGCAACCAUUGUUACCUUGAUUUUAUAUCCUUAAAGGAAUAUUCCGGGGUCAUUACAAGUUAAGCUUAACUGACCACAUUCAUGGCAUUAUGUUGACCACAAAAUGAAUUUAAACUCGUCAAAAGCUCGUCAAAAACAAAUCUGAGGCAUUUACAAUGUCAGUGAAUGGUGCAAAUUGUAAAUGCUACAUUACUCACUGUUGCAACAGUAUCUAAACAAUACGUGUGUAAACAUGAUUUCAGUGUGAAAAAGUUACACUACCAUUCAAAUGUUUUAGGUCACUUUUUCAGCAAGGGUGCAUUAAAUUGAUCAAAAGUGACAGUAAAUACAGUUUUUUACAGUUACAAAAAAAUUAUGUUUCAAACAUAUGCUGUUUUCAUCUGUUCAUCAGCUUUUGAUAAUAAUAAAAUGUUUCCUAAGCUCCAAUUCAGCAAAUUAGAAGGAUUUGCCAUUACAGGAUAUUAAAACAGCCUUGGUGAGCACAACCGACUUCUUUCAAGAAUAAAUAAUCUCCAACUUUUGGAACAGUAAUAUAUAUCCAAUUUUGCACUCUUAUCACCAUGACUACACCGUAAACCUCAAAAUUGUAUUUUAUGGUAAUCAGAAUUAUGCCACGAAUGCUGUUGACUGAGCUUACCUUGUAUUGAACCCAGAAGCUUAAUUAAAAAAUAAAAAGGGACAGUGUACAGCACUGUUACGCACUCUAAGUAAAGGUAAGAUGAAAAUAGUUACUUUUUAAGUUACAUAAGUUUUUUACCCGUCUUUUGUUGCCAUAAAAAGAGGGCAGGAGACUUGAUUGCUAAAUUAUUCUUCCUCUUUUCCAUUGUCAUGUCCUGUCUAUCUGCAGUUUGAGAUAGUUGCUGAGGAAGGGCAGUGUGUGAGGCUGAGAUAAAGACAGGGAAAGAGACGGAUUGAGGGAAAGAGAUAGGACGGACAGCACUGUCUGCAAGAGUGCUGAUGCGGGACACAGAGAGAGAGGAAGAGCUAAAGUGAGCGAGCACAAUGGAUAGAGCUGGAGAAAAAGAGAGAGGACAUUGUGUCUGUAAUGUGCGCGUUAGCGGUAUUUUUGUCAUGUAAGUACUUUGCCAGAAUUUAUCUCAUUGCCAAUAAAGCCCAUUUAAGAAUGGCUUAGGUGAAAUGAGGGGGAGAAGAUGACUUGAGUCGCAUGUGUGUGUGUGUGUGUGUGUGUGUGUGUGCAUGGAUGGAUGGAUGGACGAUUGCACAGACACUGUGUACAUCUCUGCCUUCUGUAUUUACCCACAGCAACAGACAGGCUUACAGCAGGUUCUGGGAACACAGACACAAUAGGCAGUUAUAUUUGGUCAAACCAACCCAGGACUUCUGAAUAAUGGAGAGGAAUCUGCAUCAUUAAUGUCUAAUUCUGACAAAAUAUGAGUCUUUUUAGAAAAUGCUAAAACAUGCAGACAUUCACUUGUGCGUGGUGUCUUAAAGGGUUAGCUGACCCAAAAAUAAUUUACUGACCCCGUUGCUGUAUGACUUUCUUUCUUAAAAAAGGUGUUUAUUAUGCUCAUACAAUGAAAGUCAAAGUGGUCCAGUGUUAUUUUGGAUUUCAUGGACUUUCACCGUAUGGACUACAGUAUAUAAAAUCUUUCAUUUUCCACAGAAUAAAGUCAGAAAGGUUUGUAGUGAUAUGAGGUUGA